GACGUCAACACCACAGCCUACAACAUCAUUACAUAUUCACCAUCGCCAAACCACUCAGCCACCGACCUAGCUACAUCCCAUAACCACGCAAACACUAUAGAAGUGGCUACUAAUGGUGAGGAGACAGUGGCCACACUAGACGAAAAUCAAGCGUAUUAUAUAUGGCUGUACACGCGAGUGUACGAGUUGUACAUCAGCAGCAUACUUUUUUACCUAUUGCCUUACACCCUGAUCCCCAUCCUCAAUAUGCAGCUGUUGGUGGCAAUUAAAAGGCGGAGGGAGGAGACGAGCAGAAUCAGUGCUAAACAUUCACAUAGGUUGCACUUUCCCAAACCUACAGACCUGGAAGACGGUUUAACCUUGAUCGUCCUUGGCAUCACCGUCUGUUUCUUCAUCUGCUGUCUGAUUCCCGCUAUUUACAAUGUGACCCAGAUCGCAGAAGUGCCCUCACACACAGGCUUAGCCUACUACCUACUGACAGCCAGCGAUACCAUGCUCUGUGUCAACGCUAGCACCGACUUCUUCUUUUACUGCCUUCUCGGUAGAAAGUUCAGGAACGUUUUUAUUCGCCUUUUCUGCCCGAGGUGUUUUAUCAAAAGACGAAGAACUAACACAAGCAGUUAUUUUAAAGGAAGUCAUAAAAAUAGCGAAACAUUUUAUUACUCUGUUUAA